AAUACAAUCAAUAAUAAUACAUUAGUUAUUUUACAUGGUAUCAGAGCUAUAGGUUAAGCUCUUGGUGUUCUUCGCCUUCCGGCGGGCGGCAACCUUGCCUUGACCGCCCGCCGGAUCUCAACCAAUUGAAACCUCCAUCAACUCCAGCAAGAGGCUCACAGGAAAUGAUCCAUACCAACAAACAUCGAUUGAUACGAGCUAGGAUAUUCUCAGAUGACAUGAUCACCACGGGUAUUUCUCUCAAAGUCAAUGACUCCUUCUUGAGCAGUUCAUAUCCAGUCAUUCCAGCCAUUGAAUCCGACGGAGCUCUUCUCUCCAUCCAAACCGAGAUACUGCAGAGCUCUGCUUCCACUCUCCUCUUCUCCAUCCUCUGCAUCGGCGUCUUCUCCGUUGCACACUCCGCUCACUCCCACUCUCACGCCGCCGCUCCGGCGCCGGCCGUCGACUGCACCACCCUGGUCCUCAAGAUGACCGACUGCCUCUCCUACGUCACCAACGGCAGCACCGUCAAGAAGCCGGAGGGAACUUGCUGCUCCGUCCUCAAAACGGUGCUCACAUCUAACGCCGAGUGUCUCUGCGAAGCAUUCAAGAACAAUGUUCAGUUCGGUAUCACUUUGAACAUUACCAAGGCCUUGGCUCUCCCCACUGCUUGCCAUCUCUUUCUCUCCUAUCAUACACAGAAGGAGAUGACAGACAGCACGCCACCGUCCCACAUGCACUUUAUGAUGCAACUAUUUUUUUAAUCCAUCCACUCAAAGCCUUCUGCGCAUAGCAUUCCAGCAACCAAGAAUGGUUGAAAGAAACAUCAAGCUCCACUCACCACCCUUUUUUACUUUUCUUCUUUUAUUUCUUUAUUUUUUUCUUUACAUCACUUUACACCCACUCUCUCUCCUCACUUUGCAUCCACCGCCCAAACUUUUUUUUUAAUUAUAAAGCUUAUUGGUGCACUCCUUGUUCCCCACUUUCGUUAUUUUCUA